CUUUUUUUUUUGAGUAAAAAGAAGCCUCCAGGAUGAUCCUUAUGCAAUACAGAUCAUGUGUUUUUCAGACUGAACGCACUCCCUUUAUUCACCUUUUCAGAGAGUAUCGUCCACAAUACGAGCGCCCGAGAAAAACACUGAAUCCACAUGUAAAUCUUUAUCUACGGGAGAAAGCUCAAAAUAAACAAAAGAGAGAGCAGCUGGAACACUUGUGGAAGGACAUGGGCAGCGUGUGUGUGCAGGGCAGCACACUGGCAGGACCUGAUGCUUCUGCAAUGGGUCCCUCUGAGCUAAUUCUAACACGGGGAGCUCUCGAUGAAGAGCAAGAAGACAGGGAGAGUGACGCUGAUGGCAUUGACCAUGAAGGUAAGGGAAUGAGGUCUAAAAGCUGCCUCUCAAGAAAUCCCCUCUAUAUUUCAUGACCUGGAUGGACUGUAAGGAGAGCCUAGCAAACAAGCAAACAUUCAGUCACCUGACGUGUCAGAAUCUGUAGCGGAAGCUCCGCUGCAAUGGUCAGUGCAGGGAUAUCACUCUGUAAGCUUUGUGAAAGUUCAAUUGUAAAUUUUCUAUUCGAGUAAUUAAUAGGUGUAUAACACACAUAAACCAGAGAACUCGUUAGGCUUGGGGCAUGCAGUGACCUCUGAACCUGAUUGAUGCACAGAUGUGUCCAUCAUCUUUUUGGCCUUACAGUUUGUGGCCCUGGCUCUCUUCCCUUUUCCUGUGACUGUGGUCUUGGAGCAAUCUUCUAAGUUGUUACAGUGUGAUUUUUCUCUUAUAUAGCUCACAGACUUAAUCUUCCUUCUUUCCCUGUUCCGCUGAUGGGUAGGAUCACUUAUUUCCUUUGCCCUGUAAUGUAGUUGAAGAUGGAAUAGACUUUCUAUGUUGCUUUGGCUA